AUGCCUGCGAAUAAAGCUUCUACUCAUCUCGUCGGAAACAAAACGGAAAUCCUUUAUCUGGUCAAGAAAGGAGGGCAUGCUCCAUCGCGUCCUUCCCUGAUUGUCAACAAAGACAUCGAAAUCAACCCAGCUUUACUCCACCUAAUCCGUGACUGCUGGGCGGAGCGCCCAUCUGAGAGGCCAUCCGUGGAUGUGGUGAAGUCAAGCCUCAAAGCCAUCGAUCCGAACAGAUUAUCGAACUUCGGUGCAUCAAAAAUGAAAGACCUGAAAAAGCUCAGCAUUUUGCUCCGACAACUGACAUGCUCUUGUCGUGAGGUGCAUAACAAAUCAAGCCAGAGAGUGAUAGCAGCAGAAUCAGUGGAGGGACUACUGGCGGGUGUGUGA